UUUAAAAUGAAUUUUAACAGCGUUGAAAUAUUUAUUGGCGUUGUGUCAAUAAUAAUUGGUAUAUAUUAUUAUUUAACUGCAAAUUUUAAUUUUUGGAAAUUACGUGGUGUACCAGGACCAAAACCCAUACCACUUGUUGGAAAUAUAUAUGAUUUAUUAUCUUUAAAAUCUUCGAUGGGGUGUUAUCUUAAAAAAAUAUAUGAUAAUAAUUAUUGGCGAAAUGAAAAAUUCGUUGGAAUAUUUACAACAAGUGAACCAGUAUUAAUAUUGAAAGAUUUAGAUUUAAUUAAGACAGUCUUAAUUAAAGAUUUUAAUUUUUUUACUGAUCGUGGUGUUGAAUUUAAUGAAAAAGUUGAGCCAUUUGGUGCUCAUUUAUUUAACUUGGAACCAAAACGUUGGAGACCAUUGAGAACAAAAUUAACACCAGUCUUUACAUCUGGUAAAUUACGUGAAAUGUUUUAUUUAUUAAAUGAAUGUGCUGAUCAAUUGAAUGAUUAUUUAAAUAAAUUUAAUGAUAAAAUUGUUGAUAUGCGUGAAAUAUCUGCUCGAUUUACAACUGAUGUAAUUGGUGUGUGCGCAUUUGGAUUACAAGCAAAUUCACUUGCUGAUGAUGACAGUAUUUUUCGUAAAAUGGGAAAAAGAAUAUUUAGUUUCGAUUUUAAAGCAACAAUAAAAAACAGAUUACGUAGUUUUGCACCAUUUUUGUUUAGAUAUUUCGGUAAAUAUGUUGCUGAUAAUGUUCUUAAUAAUUUUUUUGUUAAUUUAACUGUUGACACGAUGAAUUAUAGAAAAGAUAAUGAUAUUAUUAGACAUGAUUUUAUUGAUUUAUUAAAAACACUAAGAGAUGAACCAAUUAAAAUUGGUGAUAUUGAAUUGACUGAUACACUUUUAGCUGCUCAGCUAUUUGUAUUUUUUAUUGCUGGAUUUGAAACGAGUUCUUCAACUAUGAGUAAUUGUUUAUUGGAACUUGGUAUGAAUCAUCAACUACGUGAUAAAUUACGUCGAGAGAUAAAAAAUGAAUUGGAUAAUGCAGAUGGUAAAAUAACAUAUGAAGGAAUUAAAAAUAUGAAAUAUCUUGAUAAAAUAAUUAAAGAAACAUUGAGAAAAUAUCCACCCGUUACAACGUUGAUGAGAAAAUCGACAGCUACAUACACUUUGGCUGGUACCAAUGUUACAAUUCCAACUGGUACCAAAGUUUGGAUACCGAUAUAUGCAAUACAACGUGAUCCAACAUAUUUUCCAAAUCCAAAUGAAUUUGAUCCGGAAAGAUUUAAUGAUGCGGCUGUUAAAAAUCGUCAUCCAAUGUCUUUUCUAAGUUUUGGAGAUGGGCCGAGGAAUUGUAUCGGUGCAAGAUUUGGAUCGAUGCAAACUAAAGUUGGAAUUGUCAAAAUACUUGAAAAAUACACAAUUGAUAUUUGCGAUAAAACUGAUAAAGAUUUUAAAAUAAAUCCACGUGGAUUUUUAUUAACACCACAAAAUGGAAUUUUUCUUAAAAUAACAAAAACACCAAUUGUAUAAUUAAAAAUUUAUUUAUAUUUAAAUUUCAAGUAACAGUAAUUUCUUUGAUUAAUAAAAUAAAAAUAUAUUAAAAAAUUUACGUUAUCAAUUUUUAUUCUAAUAAACAAAUAUAAUAUUUUGAAAAAUGUAUAAAACAAAAAACAAAAAUCGUACGAAAAAAAAUAUGUAAAUAACAAUAAUACAAUGAUGACAAAUGCACUAUCGGUUUGAUGAUUAAUAUAACAACCAUGUAUGCAAAUAAUCAUAUAAUAAUUUUUUAUUUGUUAAUUAAAAAAAAGUAGUAGCAUUCAUCAAACACAUCAAGUACGUACCAUUUUAUUAGGGUAUAAAAUAAAAUCUACUACUUAAUCUAAACUAAAAAACAAUGUUGAUAAUAAUA